AUGGCACCUAGCAUCCAAUCAUUAUCUAUGAUACACGAUUCCCAGGAAUGUAUCAAACCCAUUCCGGCCUUUUACUGUUGCUACCUUCUGCGUUCAUGUGUUCGUCAUGCUAGUCUCUAUAUCGGCUCCACUCCAGACCCCGCUAGACGGUUGGCCCAGCACAAUGGGGACAGGAACGGCGCAGCUAAACGAACAUUGAGAGAGAACCUGAGGCCGUGGGAGAUGGUGGCUAUAGUGAGCGGAUUUACAAGCAGAGUUGCUGCGUUGCAGUUUGAAUGGGCAUGGCAAAAUACAAAGGUUUCCCGCCAUGCAGAUCUCGACGGGAAUGUGAUCCAGGAAUUAGGAGUCCGGAUAUGUCCUCGAACGGGAAAGGGGGUCAAAGGCACUGCUAAACCUCGUACUUCACUGACAAAUAUUUUGGCAAAUCUGCAUCUUCUCCUACGAUCACCGUACUUUUCAAAGUGGCCGGUCGAGGUCCGAUUUUUCUCAGCGGAUGUACAUCGCGUAUGGCAGGUUUGGUUGCAGCGCGUUGAUGGUUUGCUCAAUGAUGGGAUCAGAGUAGUAACGGAUUUUGCACUAGAUGGGAUAAGCGAGGUCGAAAGAAAAGAGCUGCUCGCGGGAGCAGGGAGGGUUGGAACUUUGGAUGUCGGUUACAAUAGUAUCAAGGAGUACGUGGAGAAGUCGCAAUUUUUACUUGAAGAUGGAGAACGAAUCAAUUGCGGGGUGUGUAAGCAGAGGUUAAUUUUGCAGCAUGACAUCAUUGCAGUAUGUUCUCACAGCUCAUGUCACUGCGCAGCUCAUCUUUCAUGCUUGUCGUCACAUUUCCUGAAGGACAAGGACUCUGAUUCGGAACUAAUUCCACGAGAAGGAACUUGUCCUGCAUGUUAUGGCAAGUUAGAAUGGCUCACCAUGAUGAAAGAAAUUUCUUUGCGACUUCGGGGCCAAGAGGAGGUAAAUCGACUGUUUAGGAGACGGCGACAAGCGGGGACGCCGAAGGGCCAAGGUUUGAAAAGUGUUCGGGGUCGGGGUCGGGGUCAUUCGGAAGACGAAAGCGAUGCGUUGCAAGUGUCCACGGGUCUCGACAUUGUCGAUCUUACCCCAUGCUCUGACGAUCCGUGGACGAUUGAUUGUGCAAUCGGUGAACUUGGGGGAAUCGCACAUCGACCGGGCGGGGAAAGCUCGGGCAACGAUUCUGACGCAACAAUCACACCCGAAAUGGAGACCCCUCCCCAGAGACGCCGAAGAAAUCAAAAUACGAGGACUCAGCGUUUGGGAUUGCAAAAAUCUGCUACGAUUAACCUAUCCGACUGGGAUGAUGCAGAGGUCAUAGAAUGA